UGUCUCAUCUGUUUUCUUUUUCUUUCCCCCUUCGCGCUCUGUUUUAGUUGGAGAUUUCCUUCCAGAUACACUCCCGACCACCGGUUUAUGCCCUCUCCCCUGCGGCUCAAACUCAGAGCGUGGUGUCGUAUAAUCUCGGAAACAACAGCGCUAAAGACGAACGCUACGACCCGGAAGUUGGCCCAAGACACUUGCCUUCCUCGCAACAUACCUUGUCAACCAAUAUCGUACCCGCCAACCCCUCCGCGAUCAUGAAUACCCAACAGCCCAUGUACCAGGCCGGGCCGCAGGCCUUCCAGCCCGUGGCCAUCAACAAAGUCGUCGCAGGCAAGGGCUGGUACAUCGCGAAGCUCACGCUUGGGUCUUGCAUUGCUCUCUUUGACAUCAUCCUUAUCGCCCUUUCCGCAGCCUACAUGAACUUGUGGACAGGUUACAACGGCUCCGGAAACUCCUACUUCAUUCUCGUCUUUAUUCCUGCCAUCGUAUCUCUUGGUUGGCAGAUAGCCGAGUUUAUCACGGUUGGCGUGCACAAGGAUAGGCGUGGCAUCCACCCGGGAGCCCAUGUUGCCCUCCAUCUCCUCCUAUGGCUGACCUUUGCCACGACUGUUACGCUAUUGGGCUUCUUGGUCUCGCGCCGGAUCUACUUGCGCAAUGGCAACUACGGCUACAGCUCCAGAUUCAUGCGCUUCUUGAACGAUGGUGAGCCGCUGGAGAAUGCACAAUUUGCCUUCAGCGUCUUGAACUUGAUUCUUCACUUCACCCUGUUCGUCCGCUUCUGCAUCGAGACGAACCGUCGCAACACGCUGCCACCCGGGAUGAUCAUGGUGGCGGCUCCGGCAUCGGGCAUGUACUUGGUGCCGGGAGCCCAGCCGCAGUACAUGGCCCAGGCCGUUCCGCAGCAGCCUCAGGCAGGGCAGGCGAGCGCCUACGGCGGGUUCUACGCUCCGCAAGCCCAGCCGGUGGACAAGGCGGUGGUGGAGCAGCAGCAGCAGCAGCAGCAGCCCACCGCGGCCCCUGUUGCCACUGCUGUGUAAUAGCGGUGUCAAGGUUCACUACCCUAAGUACACGUGAGAGGGAGGAUGCAGCGCGGUAUCGAAAACUGUGGGUUUAAUCGUAUUGGCCUUUCUUUCGCAACGCGCUCGGUGUUGUAUGGCUUGCUAUCUUUGGCUGUAAAUGUGUUUAAUGUUGCGGAGCUCAGCGAUCAUGUUUUAGGAGCAUAGAAUAUACCCCAACAAAACCUUCCAGUAAUAUCAA